AAAAAAAAAAAAAAAAAAACUCCACUUCACUUCCAUCUCUCCAAAAACCCCUUACACACUCUCUCUCCUCUCAAUUCUCACAUUUCUCUUCUCUCUCUAGAAAAAAAAAAAGAACCCUUCUAAAUAUUCAAUUAAAUUUUUCUAAUUAAAAAACUAGAAAGAGAUAUCAAUCAAUUGAAUUAAAGAAAACCCUUCUUUUAUCUUGUUUGUUAGAGCAUUGAGAAAGUUGAAAUCUUUUUCUCUCUUUUCUUAGUUAUUAUAUGGCUGAGUUACAGCCCCCGGAAGCUCAGAUCAACGGCGUCGGAGUUGGAAUAAGUGGAGCAGUAACCGGACCCCUUGGCGGCGGCGGCGGAGGAGGAGGAGGAGGAUUACUUGUAAUGGGUUCUUCCGAGACUGUUGGAUCGAAGCGACAACGAAGACCUAGCGUCCGAUUAGGGGAUAUUGGAGGAGACCAAUCGUACGAUUCUCAGGUCCGGCGGAGCACCAAGAACUGGAAGCUUUCUAUGGAACAUCACCAUCAUCACCAUAACCACGGCCAUAAUCACAAUCGGACUAGUCGGGAUACUGUUAAGACCUCAAAGACUCGACCUUUAAUGAAUUUUAGCUCCACCGGUACGGACGAAGGUCUCGACGGAGUUGAAGAGAGGGAAAGAGAAGGUAAUCUUGAAACCAUGGCUAUUGGGAGUUGGAAACUUAAGGAAUCGAAGAAACGAGGCUCGGUUGCUACUAAAAGGGUCAGAUCCAAUUGGGUUUCUUCUAAGCUUGAUGAAGGUGGUGGCGGCGUUGGAGGAGUAGAGGUCGGAGAUGGGGACGAGAAAUACAGUGCCGGAGAUGAUCUUGACGAUGUGAAUCGGGAUUUCGAAGUCGAAAACUCGGAAAGCCCUUUGAAAGAACAGAGCCCAAUUCAUUCUCUUGAUAAUUUGGGGAUAGAUGGGAAUUUGAAUGAAAGGGAAGUAGUUUAUCAUGGGAAUCGGAGACCAACUAGGGUUAGGGUUUCUGACCAUCAUGAUGGGGUGGAAUUAUCAGGGCCAUCAGAUACAGAAGUAAGGGAAUGGAAAAGUGGGAAUGGGAAUGGAAAUGGGAAUUUAGGAUUACUAAGAGAAAGGUAUGUUGAAGAUGGUGUAAGGGUUUGGCUUAAUGGAUUAGGGUUAGGUCGUUAUGCUCCUGUAUUUGAAAUUCAUGAGGUUGAUGAUGAAGUAUUGCCAAUGUUAACUUUGGAAGAUCUUAAAGAUAUGGGGAUUAAUGCAGUUGGUUCAAGAAGGAAAAUGUUUUGUGCAAUUCAGAAACUUGGAAAAGGAUUCUCAUGAGCUUUUGAAUUUUGAGACCUGAAUUUGAAGUUUUUGAUUGAAGAGGUUGUUGACACAAUUACAAGUAGACAUGUAGGACUAAGGAAUCUAUCUCUUUCUUGUACCCAAUUAUUGUGUUUAGUACUAAAGCUGAGAUUCUCAUCAUAAUCCACUACUCACCACUUAAAUAAGGAGAAUAUCUGAAGAUGUCACUUAUUUCAUAUCAAGUUCCCUUUGGUGCAAGAAGUUGAAUUUGCCACUAAAUCCAACUUUGGCUUAGUAAAAUUUCCAUUUUACAGUGUUGUUCAUAUCACAUCAGAUUUGUUUGGUAUUGAAUGUGUAAUAUUACCAUAAUAUAGGCUAUUAGAUUUCAUUCCUUCUGAUUUUUUUUUUACAUGUAUAAAGAACUUUCAUUUAUUAUGAACUUUUUAGAGUUAUGCUGGUCACAUAAAUUUUGAGGUAUGAUUUUGAC